AUCCGCCCAACAUUUAGUGGUGCUCGUGUAGUAGCUGCACGGUUCUGCUUAUUGAUGACCGAAGCCAGAGCGUUCCGGGCCUGUUGGGCGGGUAGGCCUGACCUUCCAAACCAGCAAGGGCCGGCCCUGCUUUGCCCCUCCCCCCAGGCUGGUCUGAUCUGCACUACUCAUGAGACUGGCAUCUUCUGAAUAUCAAGCACUGAGCAUCUUUUUGAUGCCAUAAAUUUGUUCACUGACCGGUCUCUGCAGCGUUCGGACUACGUUCCAAUUACGCAAUGGGGUCGCCUGGUUCCAACGCAUGAGAUAUCCAGACUCGGUUCGAUGGAGAUGACCGGUGAGAUUGGCGGCGACGAUAUCAUCAAUCCCAACCUCUCGAGCCCUCCCCUCGAUUCUCCAGCGACUGCAUACGCCGUCAAAACCCAAGACAAUCGAUACCCCCGCUCUAGCCAAAGCCGAGUCCCGAGCUCAUAAUGGGAACGAAUUCGCGCAGUGCUCGAUCUGGACAGAAAAGUGGCAUUGGAAAGAGACCUGCACGGAGCAGCAAUACCGGCUCCGAACCCCAGGUCCAGCACUCAUCACCCGUAUUACUCUCACCGGCUUCAACAUCCUCGCCCCGGGCCACCUCCGCACCAAAAAGGAAAACCCUGGCCUCGGGCUCAUCAUCCCGCCGUAGCAGUACCAAUUCUCGGGUAUCCCGCAAGCCCGCGCGGCCUUCAGCUCCUCGACCUGAACCCGCGGAGGAAACCGACGAGUUCAUCGCCGACAUCAUCGUCGUGAACACAGACUCACCAGACCACCUCGACGAUAUGGGUGAUGAGGACCCCGAGUCGUUAGUGACGGGGGACAACUCCAUGUCGGAUUCUUACGACGCUCAUGCUCAUCAGCAGCCUUCGCCUGACCAUCAUGCCGCUGUUGAGGCGGCCUCGGAGUCGGCUGAGACGCGGUCGGAGUUGGCAAACACAGGUCUUCCAAGCACGAAUGCAUCUGAGCCAGCAGGGGCUGGGGAAACUGCACGAGAAUGGAAACCUGCAGACGAAAGCUCUGAAAAAGCUCCAGGCCCAGAUUUGAUGAGAACGGAGGUGAUGCCCUUGGAAUCGUCGUUAGCAGACCCGGAUCCUGUUGAUAUGGACUGUGCUGCAUCACAGCCGACCAAAGAAGACGAAGCUUUCGAAGAACUUUUGUUCCCAACGACCCGACAUGAGGACGUGCCCGACAUGACCACUUUGACGAACGAGCCUUCUAUUACCGAGGCGGUGGGGGAUAUGGCGCACCAGGAAAGGAAGUCCGGGGGCGUGGGAGAUCCAACAACAGAGUCGGACCAGCCAGCAACACAGCCUGCAGAAGUGGAAGCCCCAGCAGAAUCCAGUUCGAUGGUGAAUCCGGACACCCCUGGCUUGGAAGUGAAUGGUUUCGAGAACGGUGUAGUGGACGCAUUGGUGCCCACCGCCUCCCUCUAUUCAACCCGCGCAGACCACGCUUCUCCACUCUCUGAAGAAACAGGUACUGAAGAGAAAGAUUCGGCCGAUCCAGAACCCACUCCCACUGAGCCGAUAGGUGAAAACGCCAACGACCAUUCACCCAUCGAAAACAAUGAUAGUGAACUGGGGUCGCACAACGAGUUCCUGAAGGUGCCUGGGCAAAGCUCAAACCCAGCACCAUCAAGCUCUGAUUUGAGUGAUCUCACGGACCUGGAUGAUAUUUCUCCGUCAAAAGCUUCGAAGACUAGUGAAGAAGCAUUAGCAGUGGAGGGAAUAGCUGGUCACGGUGACGAGGCUUCCCCAGAGCUUAGCGAGGUUGUCUCUGCUGAUCUAGUAUCCCCUGACGCGGCGCAUCUCGACUCGACCCCAGCGAAAUCGGCUAUAAGCCACCUGAUAGGAGAGUCACGACAUUCCUUCGCCUCAUCGGCUUCGGCCCCGACCGAGCAAUCGGGAUUAUCUUCAAAACCACCAUCCGUCUCUAGUAAAGCGACAACUCCCUUCGACACCGGUAGCCCCAGAGAAGCGCUAAGCCAGCCAACCGCCUCGACUCCAAUACCCGCGCCCAUCGCCAGGGUUCAGCCGCGGUUGCGGAGGGUACAGUAUAAUGUGCGCCCGAAAGUGUCCAUUCCUGCAGACUUGACACCGCAAGAAUACGCCAUGGAGUGCAUCGAGGCCGCGGAGAAUUCACGUCUGAACCCCUACGCACUGCACCAAGAGGAGUAUCACAUAUUGCGUUAUCAUCUCAGCCACGCACAGGUCACGACCUAUUUGAAUAUCCGAAACGGCAUACUCAGACUCUGGGUGAGGAACCCCCAGAUCGCCGUCACGAGAGAAGAAGCAAUCGGGUGUGCCAGGGACACCCGCUGGUUCGAUGUUGCGAACGUUUGUUUCGAUUGGCUGGUCCGUCGUGGUUUCAUAAACUACGGCUGUGUUGAAAUUCGCCAACCAAGGAAGAACGCCUCCGCCGAGGACCCACAACCACGGAAAAGGAAGACUGUGGUGGUGAUCGGGGCUGGGUUCUCCGGUCUUGGAUGUGCCAGGCAGUUGGAAGGACUCUUCACGCAGUAUUCAAAGCGAUUCCGCAGCAUGGGCGAAGAUCCGCCUCGGGUGGUUGUGCUGGAGGGCAGAAACCGAGUUGGAGGGCGAGUCUACUCCCGUGCUUUCCAUACUCUACCAGAUACUGCCCCGGGUAUAUUCCGAGGUAAACGCUUCACUGCCGAGAUGGGCGGCAUGAUAAUCACCGGCUUCGACAGGGGCAACCCGUUGAACAUCCUCGUGAGGGGGCAGCUGAGCUUGCCAUAUCAUUGUUUACGGAGCGACAUGUCUCUCUAUGACACCAAUGGGACAGCCGUUGACCCUGCUCGUGACGAGAUGGUUGAGCACCUGUUCAACGCAUGUCUCGACCGGGUGAGCGAGUAUAAGUUCAAAUCACUACAGUCCAAGCUGAUCGAAGGAAACCAUGACCUCAUCGACGAAGGCCGUGAUAGCACUGCUGAGGGCCACAAAACCAUCGCUUUCGAGGAGGAAAAGGCUGCUUCCCAGCCUCAUGCUCCGCCUGUCUCACAACAAAAUGUCACACCUGAGACUCACCUAGUCCCCGUGUCCACGGACCGUAUGACCGGGAAAGUCCACGUCGAGCCUGGCACCCCUGGAUCCACUAGGGCUGCAUUCAAGGCUGUGUCACUCGGCUGGACCUUGAAGCCUGGCGUACAGGAGACGAGGGACAUAGACCUAGAUGCUGCGGCUAAUGACAGAAGCGCUACGCUUGGCUCAGUUGUGGACGAGGCCUUGAUGCAGCACAGAGAGAUACUCGAUCUUAACGCUCAGGAUUUCAGACUAUUAAAUUGGCACAUUGCAAACUUGGAGUAUAGCAAUGCCACAAACCUCAACCGCCUCAGCCUCAAGGGUUGGGAUAUCGAUGCUGGCAAUGAGUGGGAGGGCAAGCACACCAUGGUAGUUGGCGGAUAUCAAAGCGUUGCCAGAGGCCUUUCAAUGCUUCCGACGCCUCUCAACAUACGACACAAGGCGCCUGUGAAGCGUAUCACGUACGUCACGGAAGCAGCGACAGGCCCAUCCAGGAUCGACCUAGAGGAUGGACAAUCUGUUGAGGCCGACUAUGUUGUCAAUACUAUCCCCUUAGGCGUCCUGAAGCAAGCAAGUAUCGAGUUCCAACCGCCCCUACCUUCAUGGAAGACUGACGCCAUCGAACGCCUUGGUUUUGGUGUCCUGAACAAGGUUAUUCUUGUAUACAAAGAUGCAUUCUGGGACAAGGAUCGGGACAUAUUCGGGACUCUACAGACUCCCACCAAUCGUCUAAGUUUGAAUCAGAAAGAUUACGUCUCGCGCCGCGGUCGCUUCUUUCAGUGGUUCAACGUCAGCAACACGACCGGCAUGCCUUGUCUUCUUGCGUUGAUGGCCGGCGAUGCAGGUUACGACACCGAGAUCACACCUAAUGACGAACUGAUUGCUGAAGCCACCGAGGUCCUGCGUAUGCGAUACGGUGCUCGGGUGCCAUCACAGCCGCUAGAAGCCGUUGUGACCAGAUGGGAGUCGGAUCGGUUCGCGCGGGGCAGCUAUUCGAAUGCUGGAGUCAAGAUGCAGGCUGAAGAUUACCAAAUCAUGGCUCGUCCCAUCGGCAACCUUCACUUCGCCGGCGAGCAUACUAUCGUCACGCAUCCUGCUACCGUCCACGGCGCCUAUCUCUCCGGCCUGCGAGCCGCAUCAGACAUUAUAGAGGAGAUGCUUGGCCCCAUUGAGAUACCGCUUCCUCUAGUUCUGCCGAGGGAGACUUCUGCCUCGCUGAAGCGGAAGGCCGAGGAAGAGAACAAGGAUCCCAUGCAAGCCCGCCUCGAGGCCUAUGAAAUGGAGAUCCAAGAGCACAUCUAUUCCAGGCUUGGUCCCUACCCCAUCAAACCCUCCAAAGUGGCCGGAAACCCCUAUCUCUUGUUCAACAAGGCGCACUACGAGGAAGGACGCAGGCGCUGCGAGGAGGGCAGGCGCACGGGCAAGGGCAAACCCAGCCCCAAUGAGGUGCGGACUAUGACAUCCAAGAUGUGGAAGGAGGCCACACCCGAGGUGCGGCAGCCUUUUGAGGAUGCGGCUGAAGAACAGAAGCGGAACUAUUCCCAGGCGCUGAAGGACUGGACCGCAGCAGCAGCCAAAUGGGACAAAGAUGCUGUCGAGCUGAGGCAGGUAUAUGUCAGGGAGCACCCCUACGUAGCCGACCCGAAGCAGCUCGCCACAGAUGGAGCCGCAUCUGGGGGCGGUGGGAGGAGGGCGAAGAGGGUCGAGAGCUACGCGGAGGAGGAAAGUGAUCUUGACAUGGAGUAAUCGGCGGGCGAAUGGUUGUUUACCAUACUCUUUCCUUUUCUGUUGUGGGCUUGGAUUGGCAGCUCAUGUCUGCCGGUGGUAACGUGUCUUCCCAGGUGGCACAAGGAGUGUUGUAACGGAGGCGAACGUGGAUGCGGCAUCGAGACACGGAUCAUUAUUACGCAUGGUUGGUGUUUUGGGGAGGCCGGGGCGCCCCCGCUGGACACGUUUGCUUUCUGCUUCCAUUGUGUCUGUCUCUUUGGCUCCGGGAUAUUAUCUCCCUCACACUCAUAUACACAUACAACAGGCCACAUAACUAGAACAGAUUAACUCACUCAGAGGCACAUGUUCUAGAAUGCACGCCACAGUCAUCCGAUGCCCCAGUGACGGUGAGGGCUGUCGUGCCUGCUACCAUAUUCACGCCAGUUGGAUUCUG